GCCAGUAUCUACGGAAGCAAUGCUCCAGUGGUGAAAAGACCAGAUCCGCUACCUCCUGUGGAGACGGCCUUUUUCUUCAAAGUGUUGGGAAAAGACGAGCAGCCGGUCUACAAUCAACCAGACGAGAGCAGCACCCUGAUCGGUCAUCGGUUACAAGGGGAGGUGCUCCGGGUCAUCGACUUUAGUGGUGCAUGGUUGCGGCUUGCCGCAGACACUGAAGCACAGGUUGAGCAGAGGUGGGAGGGUUGGAUGUUGGCCGAGACUGCAGAGGAGACUUUGCUAGAUGAGAUCGAAGAUCCGGAAGAGCAUGAGAAGGAGUUCACGAAGGAUCUCUUCAGGCGCGUGUGGAAAAUCAACGAUCAUGUUACAUCCAGGUUGAGAGACAGGACCGAGCGUGCCCUGCAGUACCUGAGUGCCGGCCGUGUCCCUCCGGGGAAAAAGCAAUUGCUACCGGAAGGCACCCGAUGUGUGAAUGCCUUCUGGGGCCUCGAGGCUCGAUGGGUUCCACUAGCGGAGGGCGAAGAGUACUGGCCACAAGGUUGCCUGACCUUGUCAGCCGGCUACGUGAAGUCAGGCUGGGAGCAGCCUGCAGAGGAGGCACGCUGUGGACACUGGCGAGUCUUUGCAGCACGGCCGUUUGAAGCCCAUGAGCUCAUCGAGGUUUGUCCCCUUGCAGAGGUGGAUCUGGAAACAUGCAUCGCAAGCUUCCAGCUCCGGAUGAACAUUGUGGAGACACCUGCAGAUGAGGAUGCGAGCUACACGGGCAAAACAGGCCGAGUGAAGUCCUAUGUUCCUCUGGGAUAUGGCAUGCUCUACCAGCAAUCUAUUGAGCUCCCAGAUGUUCAGAUCAACUGGACACCUGUCACGAACUUCAACUGCAAGUUCGUCCCAGUUGGAAAUCACAUGUACAUCUAUGCUGCCCGGAAGAUCCAGGCAGACGAGGAGCUCAUCCUGGAGUACAAGCGCUGCUUCCGGACGGAUGAGGGUGAGUCCAUCAACUUCGAAGGCUUCACACCCUACUGGUGCCGUCAAGAGCAUCCAGAUGCUUUCCGCAAGGCACUGACGGCCCCAUGCGGGCCGCGCAAAGUGCGCCCAAUCCCAGGGAGCGUGAAGUUCGGCAAGUCAAGGCUUCACGGCCGCGGAGUCUUUGCCGAUGCGGCCUUCAAGAAGGGUGAGAUCGUUGAGAUGUGCCCUUGUCUUAUCAUUGACACGAACGGUGCUGACUGCAUGCAGGACCACUGCUUCCAACUCCCUGAAGUCAAGAUCGAUGUGGAGGGUGGGAGUGUGAUGAAGCGUCAGUCGCGCUAUGUGCUUCCUUGUGGAUACGGUGGCAUGUACAACCACUUGGAGCGUAAUCAAGGAGAGAACGUUCAGUGGUUUUAUGCCGGCAUUUCUGAUUCUGGGAACUAA